CCUGUGCCAUUUCAGGGGCGAGGAUCGGCACCAGUUUGUAAAUAUUGCGUUGUAUGGCUGCCUUGCAACCAGGAUGUCACAGGACGCUGACGUACCGGGUGAAAUAUGAAGAAAACCUUUCCUCUAAUCAGUGGUGGAAGACCAUAGAAAGCCGCGACUGUCAACGGAGGAAUACUUCCUGACAAUCUGGUGUGAGGAUGGAGGUUUUUGAGGCCAAGUUCGAUUAUAAGAAACAACGCAAAGACGUUUUAAGUUUCAAGAAAGGAGACAAGUUUUACGUUAUUGACAAACCAAAUGAGGAGUGGUGGAGUGCGAGAAAAGUAGAUGAUGACACGUAUGGAUAUGUACCCUCUAUAUAUUUGGAGAAGAGUAAGGAGCAAUUUAUUGGAAGAUUGAUACCAGAAGGAAGGCGAAACACGUCAGGAGCAGUACAAAAGAGGGAGCAUGACAUUCAUCUUCAAGCCUUAUCUGAACUGCAUCAACGUGUUAAACCAUUACCAGGACUAACAUUAUCUCAGAGCUGUCCAGCUCAUGUAUUGGGUCAAGCUCUAGGAGUUGAAGUCCCCAAGGAACCCCCAACCCCUCAACAUACUCCAGAUACACAACAUCAUAAAAUCCCAAUACCAGAUUUACAUGUGGAUGACUCAGAGACUAUCAGUGAGAGACUGCGAAGCCCUCCACCCCCUCUUGCAUCACCCUCAUCCAGAUCACCCCGAAAUAGCUUUAAGGGGGGUUUUCAUUCCCCUCGGGGCAGGAGCCCCUCCCCUCAACCCUUCCCUAAACCCAAAUCUAAAAAUGGGUCUUAUAGACAUGAGGAUGAUUCCCUUCCAUAUCAUCAUAAAUGUAAUGCUGCAGUAGACAUCAAAGAUGAAGAUGAUGAAGAUGAACUACCCCCACACCUCCGUAUGACCCCUCCCCCUCCUGUAUCCAGUCCUCCACCACCAGACUAUGAUUUCGAUGAUGAAGAUGAUGCAGCUAAUGGAGUGCCUUAUCAUCAUAAAUUAAACUUAUCUGGAAGACAGGAGACUGGUCGAUUCAUCGAGGUCGUUGAUGACAGCAUGGAUGACCCUUCCAGUAUUCCACCUUCCUUAGCGGGACGAGUAGAUGAAGAUGGUCUCAUCCAUCCAAAGCCUUUACCUAAUCCAGUCAUGGACUCCCCUAUGCAUAAGAGCCUCCACAGAGAGCUCAGGAUAAGAUCCCAUUAUCCUAGAGGUGAAAAUGCAGGACCGUUUGAAGCCAGUGGGAGGUCAGUCCUGAAGCAAGAUGAACUCAAGAAGGUCUUCCGAGAUAGAAGUCAGAAGAAAUCCCUAAAAGCCUUGGAGGCAGAGAAGAAUUCUAGGAGGACAAGCCUUGAUGUUAAACUGGUAGAAAGACUCAAGAUGACAGAAGAAGAGGAAAGCAUCAAGAACCUAGAAACAUUGGAGAAAGCUGCACUUCAGCCUGAAUUCAUGAAACUCACUCUCAAAUCACGAUCUGGCUCAGAAAAAUCAUGAUGGACACCUCAUCUUCUUGUCACAUAGAAAUAAACUGGCUUCAGGAGUAUUUAUAUAAGAAAUAUAUAUUUUAGCUUUUGCUCCUUUGAAGUGAUACUAUGAACAUCUGUCAUACUUGCUGAUGAACUGCGGUCAUUUCUUAUAAUGGCUUUUGAGUGGACUGGAUGAAUUGCUUGCUGAUUAGUUACAAACUACAGAGUUGGGUGCGAUUUCAAGUUGUAACAAAUUUGAAAUUUUAGUACUUGUUUUAAACAGGAACUAGAGUGUCUUGAAUAUUUAGUUGUGCAGUACUAUUCACUUAAAACAUCUGAUCAUCUGAUCACUUUUCAUGCUUUUCAAGUUAGGGUUUUGAUAAAAAAAAUGAUAUGAUUACCUGUAUCAAAUUUACACAAAUACACACUUGAGGGAUAUGAAACAAUGAUUUUUUAAUAUGUCAGAAUAAUGUACCAAAUAUUGUUGGGUAGUUUCCAUGUAUGCUAAGGAAAAAUGUAUUCUUUUAAAUGCAUGAUUGGACAAAACUCUUAAUCAUUAAUGGCUAGAGUGAUCCCAAACUGCUCUCUGUCAUUAAUAUUAUCCCUAGUUUAUUUCUAUGUAGGGCUAUGGUUUAAAAAGGGGAAAAGGAUGGAAAUUGAUUUUAUAAUAGUUUUCCUCUUGAUUGAAAAAGCAUAUUGAUGUCCAUCUUGUUACCUUGUUGAUAAAAUGGGUAAAAGAAUAUUGAAAAGAUUCUAAUCCUGUGAAAUAUUAGUGGAUUGUACUUUGCAUAGUAUUGUAAGUACCUGUCAUUUCAACUGGCUCAAAUACUCCCUAGGGAGCAGAGAAUGUGCAUGUUGUGUGAAGGCAAAACUGAAUAAAUCUGAUCACAGGUGUAAUGAAUAAAUUGUAAGUUUAUGGGGGUCAUAACAAUUGCUCCUGCGACAUUUUCUCUCGUCUUGAUAUCUCAGAGGGCAUAGGGUUAGAGUUCAGAUUAUGAUAGAGUUUUUGGCUCAGAAUCAUGUAAAGAUAAUGAUUAGGGUUUAUUUAAUUAUGGAGGUUAGGUUUUAUGUUUGGCUUAACGUGCAGAUUUUCCAUCGGAGCAAUUGUCACUGAAGCAAAUGUCAUGGAAUCGUUUUAAGUGCCUGAUAUUUAUUGGAUUAGGAUUAUUAUUGAAAAAUCUGUUUCUUAGCAACAUAUAAUUACAUUCUUGUGAUAUCAGUGUGACGUCUUGAAUUAAGGGUUUAUUAGACCUCAUUGAGAACCAUAAUGAUGAAGAGCUAAAGAUAACCAUAAUGAGGAUAUAUGAAUAAAAAUCAGUUGACAUGUGUAACAUACAGACAAAGAUGGCAGGUUAUUGCGAUGUAACUGUGUCUUAUAAUGAUUUGUGAUUGAAAUCAAUAUCAACUCUGUGGUUGUGAUUGAUUGAAUUGAUGAUAGUUAUUUACCAGAUGUGCCCUCAACAUUCAAUAUGUAUGGAUUGUAUCAGUCAGUCUUUAUGAAACCUAUGCACACAUCUGCCCAUUUUAUAAGAAAUUUAUUUGCAUCAACAUUGGAUCAGAAACCUUGUUCAGGUCUAACUAUUUGAUAUUAACAUACAUUAUUGAAAGGUUUGAUAAAUAUUUUUCAUUUCCAUUUAAAAUUAAGUUAUGUAAGUUAAAUGUAGCUAUCCAUAUGUAUGGUAAUUGUAAAUUUGCGCUUGAGCACUUGUGGCUUCUUGCAAGAAGCGGUAAAUAUCCCUUUGUUUUUGAUACAAUUGACACACCAUGUAAAUUUGCAUUAAAAAAUUGCAAAUAUAUUUGUGAAACACCCUCUAAGUCUUGCCAUGUAGUAUUCAAUGGCAGUUAGUACUUACAGUCCUAUUGUACCUCAUGUAUAUCUUGAAAUUUAGCAAGUAUUAAAGGGACUUAUGAAUAUGCAGAUGUAUCAUUUUGAAAGUGAUAAUUGUCCAUAAUUAUCAGAGUAUAAUACAAGGUAGUUUAAAUAUGGAGGUUAAUCUUAUUACUUUCCUCAUUUCAGUUUACCAAAUAAGGCACAUUUUAAUGAUAUAUUACUAUAUUAAGAGUAGAGAUGUAGACUAUCAAGUUCAUUGCACUUAUAUAGUUUAGAUACUAGCUUGUGGUGAAUGGGAAUAAAUUGGUGCACAAGGGAUCUGUUGGAUGAAUGAAGGAGAAAGUAAUUAGCUUGAAUAAAGUAGAAUAUUUGUGAAGUAUAUAAGUCUAGUUUAUGAUUACGCUCUUAGAACUGUUUAAGAAGGUCUUGGAUUCAUUUGAUUGUUAAUCAAUUUUGUGAUAGCACCAAUGUCCUUGGCCAGGUAAUAGCACCAAUGUCCUUUGGCCAGGAUAUAGCACCGAUGUCCUUUAGCUAGGUAAUAGCACCAAUGUCCUUUGGUCAGGUAAUAAUCUGGUAAGAGCCGUGGUGUAGUGGUUCCAACUCUCACCUUGAAAACAGAAGGUCAUGUGUUCGAAUCCCACCGCAGUCUAGCAUCCUUUGGAAAGGCGUUUAUCCACAUAUUGCCACUCUCGACCCAGGUGCUAAAUGAGUACCCAGUAGGAUGCGAAAAGCCUAUGUAGUUUGCCUAGCAAUUGAGUCUUGGAACUCUUGUUGGAAUGCUCCCCAGGGAGUGGAGAAGGUACAUACACUGUUUGCGGGCAUGCAAGGGUCAGAUGACCAUAAUAAUAAUAUGCUGUAAAGCGCUUUGGGCCAUUAUGGGAUAAACACUAUAUAAAAAAUAGCUAUUAUUAUCUGCAAUAAUAUUCCUAGAUGAAAUUAAGAAGGAUGAAGUGCGAAAAUAUAUCUACAAAAAGGUUAGAUGUUUUUCAUGUCAGCCAUGGUAAAAUUUAUAACAUUGCCAGCUAUCAUUACUAAUAUCAUUUUUCUUUCCAUUUGAACUAUUUUUUUUUUAUUUGAAAUUGGUAAUUGGCAUUCCAAUCAGCAUGGAUGUUUAAAACAUUAUAUAUCACAAUGAAGGUUUUUGAAUUAGUUAAAUGAUAAGAAUUUGAAGUAGGACAUUUGAUUUCUCCUUUCAUUUAUACAUCAAGAUGAUAUGACAAAUAUUUCAGUACAUUAAAGUAUCCAAACAACAAUCAUGACAGUAAUUGAAUUGAUGUGAGCUUGCAUUUAACCCUUCUGCUUACACACUUUUAUUGCUCUUAUAUAGUCCUAUAUCACAAAUUACAGCUAAUUUAUUUUACAAUAACUUUUUUUUCAAUUCAGGAUUUGCAUCAUGUGCCUAUAGAUUUUAUCUUUAUUUCACAAUGCAUGCGGUAUCCUGUAUUUCAAAUAUGUUUCAUCAUUUUGUUAAUAAUAUGCUAUUUUCAGUACUCUGUUAUCUCCCUAGCUCUGUCUGUAGAGGGAAACAAAAACUUUUUAUAAUUGGAUGAAUCCAUGUAUUGUCAGCAGAUGGUUAACCACUGUAUCUUCAUGCCUGCAUUCAGAAAAGCUAAUUUAAUAUUUGUUUCCAUAUACAAACCAAUAUUUUGUGAACAGAUAUUUCCAUAUUUUUCAUGAUCAGCAAUGGCAGUAUACAGAAGCAGGAUUUGGGUGAUAUUGUAAAUAAAAAGUGAAUGCCAUAAUGAGCCAAAUAUUUUGAGGGGGCCAGAUAUGGCUUAUCAGGCAAAUUUAUAAAACGUUGCAAGCUAGCAAAAUGUUUUUCAUUUUUACUACAAAAAUCCAAUUUUGUGAUAGAUUUUAACAUAAUCUUCAAAUAUCAUAUUCCACCCUUCUCCCUUUCCUUUUUUCUUUUCCUGGUUGUUAAAAAUUUUAGAGGGGAAGUGCCCCUUCAUCUGUAUGCAACUGGCUAAAAUGAAACUGACAUAAGAAUUUGAGUUGAGCAGUAGCUUUGUUUAAAAUCUUGUAAAUUAGCUCUUAUGUGUAGGUUGAACUAGAAAUGGAUAUCUCCAUGGUAGGAUUAUAACUCUAAGCAUAAAUAUACAAAAGUGGUGGUAUCUCAUUGAUACAGUAUGUGAGUCAAAUCCCUAUAGCCCCAAAUACCCCCCCCCCUCCCCCAGUGCUACAAAUCCCCCAUUAUAGGAUAUGCCUCUUUAAUGAUCAUUUAUGUCAAACUUUACAAUUUAUGUCAUAUACUAAUUGAUUAAUGAUCAUGAUUCAUCCAUGAAAGUCUCUGUCUGAAGGUGAUUAAUAAGAGAACAAAUGUUGAUACAUGGAUUCAGUGCAAGCAUUUCCUAAAAGUUAUUGAUUUGGGGAUUGGUGCCUUUUAAUUUUGAAUGUAACAAUUAUAUAUUUUUUAAUCGUCUAUAUUUAUUUUGGUGACUGGCUCAUGAGCAUGUUGAAAUACAAGUAAAAUAAUUAGGCACAUCUUUUCAAUCCUUUAAUUUGAUUUACGUAAUUCUUAUCAUUCCUUAUGAUAAAACAUUUCCUCAUAGAGCUGUUUUGAACCCAGUACUUAAUAUGUAUAUUUCUUAUAUAUUUUCUAUCCAUUUAUUUAUUCUAUGUACUAUAGCAUUUAUUGAUUCUUCGAAUAUUAUGCAGAUAUAUAUAAAUGAAUUUAAUGAAUUUGACAUAUGAAAUACAAUGUUUAUCUUAACAAUCAAGUAUAUAAGUAUAUAUAUAUACACACACACAUACACACACAGUGCGUCCUACAAAAACGAAACUGAGAUCUAUCGAUGAUUUAUCAUAACUUACUCACAAAAAAUGGACAAAUGACCUUUACCAUUGUAAAGCUUGGAAUCUUCUCUUUCAUCUGAAAUUAUUUAGAAUAUUUCUCAUUUACGCAUGAGUUUGCAAAAACAAUUUGAAUUUGAUGACCUACCAUUGUAAAGCUUAGAAUCUCUUAUUGCAUCUGAAAUUAUUUAGAUUAUUUCUCAUUCACGCAUGAGUGAGCAAAAACAAUUUGAAGAGGGGAUACCAAAAAGUCACUUGGCGGGCUGUAUUUGGGUUUCAAAAAGAAAACCACAUUUAAAAAGGUCAAUAUCUGCUCUUUAAUAUGAUACCUCAAAGUCAGAAAAUGGACAAGAAAUAACAAAGUUCUGGUUAUUUGAAAUAAGGCUUGAAUUUCAGUAAUUUCAUAAAAUAAAGAGUUUUUACAGUACAGGCUAUAUAGCGUUCAGCCUCACUCGACACUCCGUCAUGUUAUUUGUUACCGGGCGAUA